UUCGUAGUAUAUAGCAAAUUUUUCGCAAAAUGAAGAACCUUGACGGAACACUUGACUAUAUGGAAAAUGCACGGUUCAAUUAUUUAUACGCGCCUGAAAUUGCCCGUUUGGAAAAGGAAACCAGCUUUAAGCACACCGAACUGACAUGUGUCGUGAUGAUAUAUCACAAAUUUGUGUUGGAGAAUGGCGAGCGCGCAAAAUUCAUGACAUUAAUGCAGCUCAGUAGCCUUGUUGAAAACGUAUUUGGAGUUACUGAUCAAACGAUUAACGCUAACGUUGUCUCACGGAUAAGUUUUGAUCCGGACUUCGAUCAUCCAGACUUUUCCGCCGAUCGCCACUGCAAUUUGCGGUCAUUCAUUAAGCUCUUUGACAUUUAUUUUACCGACGAUCUAGAAAAACGUAUGGUUUUUUGUUUCUCAGUAUAUGAUAGGACUGAUUUCAAUUCUCUGGAUCGAGAGGUUGUCCAGCUCUAUGUGGAUAAAUUCUUCGAAGGCGACGACGAGGAUGAGGUUUUUGAGUUGCGUCAAGACAUGGUGGAAUUGAUUUUCAUAAAGUUCGACCAGGAUAAGGACACUUUCAUAUCGGCAGAGGAAUAUUACGAUGUGGUGCGCCAGCAGCCCAUGCUGUUGGAGUUCCUUGGUCCCGUGUUUCCCACAACUCGUCAAAAGGACAUUGUGGCUCAUUGUGCCAAUAUCAUGUCCUGCUAUGCUGAAAACGAGGGAAAUUAUGAAUGAUUUAUGCAUUUACAUAUAACCAAAUUAAAGUAAUAAAAUUUGAGUGUAACAGUUA